CCGGCGGCGGCGGCUGGGUGAGGCGCCGAGCAGAGCGCGUGGCUGGACGGUGAGUAAACCGCGGGGGCGGCAUGCGCGCUGGCGCUCCCCCCCGCCGCCGCCGCCGCCUCCCCCCCUCGGCCGCGCCGCCUGCUUAAGUGGAGCGCUGCUGGGCUCUGGCCGCUCGGAGUCGGAAUCCCUCUGCGUUGCCCCGAAGUCAGGCGGGCAGUGAGUCCUCCGUCUCAGCCCCCGUCCCGUGUUUAUUCCUCCCUUCCUGCGGCUGGCAGCGCGUAGGGACAGCCCGGGGCGGCUCCCUUCCUUCCUGGGCAGUGCUUCGGAUGUAUAUGGAGGAAGGCAGCAGGAGCGGCCGAGAGAAAACAAACAAAUCCUCCCUAAACUCACGGUUCAGCAGUAUGGCUCUAGUAUCGGCUGAUUCUCGGAUUGCUGAACUCCUGGGGGAGUUGCAUCAGCUUAUCAAACAGACACAGGUUACCCAGAAGCCCUUUCCUUGCCAGGAGGAACGAUCGAGGAGUGAACACAACCUGGUGAACAUCCAGAAAACACAUGAGAGGAUGCAGACAGAAAAUAAGAUCUCUCCAUAUUAUCGGACCAAGUUACGUGGCCUUUACACAACAGCCAAGGCUGACGCAGAAGCCGAGUGCAACAUCCUACGUAAGGACUUGGACAAGAUUGCUGAGAUUAAGUCUCUUCUGGAAGAACGUCGUAUUGCUGCCAAGAUUGCUGGCCUCUACAAUGACUCGGAGCCGCCACGCAAAACCAUGCGCCGUGGCGUACUGAUGACACUCCUCCAGCAGUCAGCCAUGACUCUCCCUCUGUGGAUUGGGAAGCCUGGAGAGAAGCCUCCUCCACUCUGUGGCGCCAUCCCUGCCUCGAGUGAUUACGUGGCCAAACCAGGAGACAAAGUGGCAGCCCGUGUCAAGGCUGUCGAUGGGGAUGAGCAGUGGAUUUUGGCUGAGGCCGUGAGCUACAAUCAUGCCACCAAUAAGUAUGAGGUGGAUGACAUCGAUGAAGAAGGGAAAGAACGCCAUACCUUGAGCCGACGCCGUAUCAUCCCCCUGCCCCAAUGGAAGGCCAACCCUGAAACAGACCCCGAGGCCUUGUUCCAGAAAGACCAGCUGGUUCUGGCUUUGUACCCACAAACCACCUGCUUCUAUCGAGCACUUAUCCACACCCCUCCACAGCGGCCCCAGGACGAUUACUCGGUGCUCUUUGAAGACACCAGCUAUGCAGACGGCUAUUCUCCACCCCUCAACGUGGCUCAGCGCUAUGUGGUGGCUUGCAAAGAAACUAAGAAGAAGUGACAGUGCCCUCUAGUGGGAGGUGGUGGUUGUUCUGGUGUGGCAUGGCAAGAAACAAGAUCUGUCAACCAGUUGGUUGGAUGGACUUUUGCAGAUGUAAUAAAAUAGAAACAGGAGACAAGUUUAUUAAUCCAAGUAGUAUAUAAACCCCAAUGCAUUUUGAGCAAUUUGCCUUUCAUCAGAGGAAUCUAUUUCUGUUUUCUAGAUGACGAGCUGCAAAAGUUAGCUGCCAUUGUUCCUGCUUUGGGCCGUUGUCCUUUUGGUACAUUUGGAUUUAAUAAAGCACUGCCCAUUUAA